AUGGAGUCACCAGCCGAAACCCUUAAGGUUCUCAAUAUUUGCAAACUGCUCAACUCAACACCCACAAAGAUGACACCCAAGCGCUUGUUGCAUAUCUUUUUGGAAUCCAAUAACUCUGAAAUAGCCUACUUGCGACGGUUGUGGGCUCGCCCACGAGGCCUUGAUUCGACCAUCCAGUUGCUCAAUCUCCUACGAGAUGAAAUACUUAGCUCCGAAGGUGGUCGUGCCCGGUGGUCUGAUUUCAUUCAGCAGGAGGCAAUCUCGAUCCUAGUGUCACAAGAGUCGCCUCGAGGUAAUCAUCCGGCAGGCUCCUUCCACAGCUCUCUGACUGUCAAGGAGGCCUUUUUUACGGCCGAGGAGCAGCGGGUUCAAGAGAUAGCCAUGACCUCCGAGGACAUGCCGUUCUUGUAUGGUCUCAUGGGUGGAAUGCUUCGGGGUCAUGGCCAUGACAAAGCCUCGUCUGCCGACAAUGAGCCCAGUGCCUCCCCGGACUUGUCUGAAGACCACCCCGGGUCAACCAACGACCAAGCGACACCGGAGGAUUUUGCGGAAGUCUCCUACUAUCUGGCACUUAGUGGAGAGGAGCGCAAAAAUGCUCGGAUUGAUCGAAUAGCAACAACUAUAUGCUCCAUCAUGGCCUUUGCCCGAAACCGACGCGCCAACGGCUUGCAAUUGAAGAAUGCAGUAAGGUUCACAGCAUGCGGGGUCUCAGAGCGGGUUCAAGAAUAUCUACAUUACCUUGGGUUGUCUGCUUCUCGAAGGACGGCUAUGAGUGCACUGAAGACUUUGGCUUCCGAAGGGGAAGAGGCCAUUAAGAAGGUCAUGGCUUGGGAGGAAAACACGCCGAUUGCUCCGACAAUCUGCAUCGAUAAUAUUGAUAUGGAGCAACGAGUCCAUGACAUCUCGGUUGGAAGGAGGUCGAACACUUUUCGGGGUACCUGGGGAUAUAUUCAUGUUCCAAAUCCAUCUCUCCUCAGUUCGCUUAACAUGGAAGAGCUUACCUUACAAGCGUAUCAAGAAUCUAUUCAGAAUUUUAGAACGUUCAGCAUAGAGCCAAAGCAUUUCAUGCCUACACCGGAGGCCAAGAUAAGCGAGGUUGAGGUUUGGAAGAGUCAAAUCGCUCGGGUCCUCAUGGAAUAUAUUGCUUUACCCUUAGAUAAAUCCAAGGCGAUUCCGACCGAGCCGGCUGUGAUUGAUCAGAUCAGCGCAGAAAAGCCUACUAUCCACAUGCUCAAAUUGAUGGAUGUCUCGGACAACUCGGCUGAAAGCAUAGGGCAAGUGUUUGCAACCAUCCAUAAGCAAUCGGGGCUGUCGGAUAAGCAUUUCUACGGGCGUCUCCAGCCCAUGGAUGGGGACUUAGGCACCAUCCAGAAUUUCAACAGCCUCCGGUCCCAGCGGGCACCCAGCCCUUAUCCCAAGGAAAACCUCGACAAUGUUAUUUUCCAGCUUGGGGCUUCCCAUACUCUGUGGAAUAUCGCAUCGGCCAUUUUCACACAUCACUUUGGGGACCCUUCGGACCAGACGAACUGUGGCGCGUGGCAUUUUCUAGAAGCCAUCGGUUUCCCAGCAGAUAAGGCAAUCCAGAAGAAGGAUUUUACCCUGAUGAUCAAUCAGAUGGAAAAGGUCAUGGAAGCCAUGUUGUAUUACUGCUUAAGGGUCAUAAUGAAGAACCAGUUCCAAAAAUUGGGUGAAGAUCGACUCUCCAUCCCCACCUCGCAAUGGAAUCAAAUAGUCAAUGACUGUUACGAGCAAUUCUGUUCGCCGGAGGCACGUAGCACUGCCGCCAGGCAGGUCAGCCCCAAGCUGAGCAACCUCUUGAUUAUGUUGCAUGAUUUCUCCUCAGUUGUUGAGGCGAAGCGAUCCAUGCGAGCAGGUGACAUCGGACGGCUCAUCAAUGUCUGGAAAAAGUGGUGUCUGAUGACACAAGGUCUUAAAGGACUUACAAAUUACUCUUCUUACCUCCCUCGCAUGGUGUUGUUGUUAACCGAGAUCCUCCCACCAGCGCUUAGGAAGUACCUUAGCCACAAUCUUUUGUUCUCACCCACUGGCCGAGCGAAUCAUUUUGUCGCAAAGGAUCACUGGCUUGAAUGCCAAAAUUAUUGGUUGAAAUUUGUUUACAACAAUACUGGUAAUGGAACGAACGUAGACCGACUCCGCGACCUUUUUUCGGUCAACAUUAUUCUGUUGCAGGGCAUGUUCCAAUCCCUCAAAGUGGAUUGCGGUGCAACAGUGAUUUAUCAGUCACACAAGAAUUCGCUGACCCAGCGAUCGCUCGAUAUGUUCCUUCAGAUGGCCGUCAACAGGCAUGUAUUAGACCAAACCAUGUCUAAGCCAAAGUCACCUAUCAAUCGCAUAGAUAACACCCUCCUCACAGGGUUGGCUAAAUUUAAGAGAACCAUUCGAAGCAAGGACUCUCAGUUGAAGAAAAUGAAGAAACACCUUUUGUAUACCGGUCAAGCUCAUGCAAUACAAGAUGAGGAAGAAGCGGACAGCGAGCCGGAACAUGAUAGUGGGAUGUAG